AUGACAGUAAUGAUGGAGCAAAUAUUAAAUUUAGACCAAUUUGAUAUUAAUCUUUUAGACAAUGUUGUCAGAACCCUUUACACUUCUACCGUUAAACAAGAGAGAGAAAAAGCACAAACGGUACUUGGACAAUUCCAAGAGAAUCCAUCUGCAUGGAUGAAGGUUGAUGCCAUUUUAGAGCAGUCCAAGAUCCCAGAGACCAAGUUCUUUGGUUUGAUCAUUCUAGAGUCACUGAUCAAAUUCAAAUGGAGAGCAUUACCAAGAGAACAAUCUGAAGGUAUUAAAAACUUUGUAGUUUCCAUGAUCAUCAAACUAUCUUCUGAUCCACAAAGUUUCCAACGUGAAAAGGUCUUUCUCAACAAAUUAAAUUUAAUUUUUGUUCAUAUUUUAAAAAAGGAAUGGCCAAGUCAUUGGUCAUCAUUUAUUCCAGAGAUUGUAAAUAGUAGCAAAACAAAUGAAACCUUGUGUGAAAAUAACAUGGUUAUUCUUAGACUACUCAGCGAAGAGAUUUUCAAUUUUGGUGAAGAACAAAUGACUCAAGCCAAAAUACAACAAUUAAAGAAUAGUUUUGAAAAGGAAUUUUCUUUAAUUAAUGAAUUAUGUCAAUUUAUUUUGGAGAAGGCUCAUCGUCCUCAAUUGAUCAAGGAAACAUUAUUGACAUUACAAAAAUUCCUUAGUUGGAUUCCUCUUCAUUACAUUAUUGAAAAGGAUAAGGCCAAACCUUCAUUUUUAAUUCAAUUAUUAUUGCAAAAAUUUUUCCCAGAACCAAUGUUUAGAAAUCUAUCUUUGCGAUGUUUGACUGAAAUUGUUUCAAUUUCAUUACCCCAAGAUUAUCAAGGUAUCUUUGUUCAUAUUAUCGAUCAAGUAUUGGCAAAAAUAUCAUUGAAACCUGAUAUCUCAAAAAUAGCAGAAGAUUAUGAAAAUGGUGAUCAAAAUGAACAAGAUUUCAUUCAAGGUAUUACACUAUUUUUAACAUCGUUUUUCAAAAACAAUUUAAAGUCGAUGGAAGGUUCAUUAAAUAUUCCAUACCUAACUCUGGGUCAUGAGAUUCUAGUAUCCAUUUCACAUGUCGAGGAUAUUGAAAUAUUCAAGAUUUGUUUGGACUAUUGGAAUACAUUGGCUUCCAACUUGUACAGUGAACCAACUAGAUUUGGUGCUCCCCUUCAAACUACUCCUCCACGUAUCAUGUUGUAUAAAUCAAUUUUAUCAAAAGUCCGAAAUGUUCUUAUUAGUCGUAUGGCAAAACCAGAAGAAGUUAUUAUUGUAGAAGAUGAAAACGGAAAUGUAAUCAGAGAACAAACAAGGGACACUGAUUCAUUGACACUUUACGAGUUGAUGAGAGAGACAUUGGACCAUUGGAAGUUCCUCAAGACUGUCGUCAAGAAACUCUUUGAGUUUAUGCACGAGUCGCAUCCAGGUGUUCAAGAUAUGGCCUGUGACACAUUCCUCAAGAUCAGCAAGGCCACCCGUCGUAGAUUCGUUAUCCAACAAGCCGACGAGACCAAUCCAUUCAUCAAUGAAAUUCUCGAGCAGCUUCCAACCAUCAUCUCGGAUCUCGAACCUCAUCAAAUCCAAACCUUCUACGAAGCCGUUGGAUACAUGAUCAGUAGUUCAACCGAUGCUGAAAAUCGUGAACGUUUUGUAAUUCUAUUUAUGAGUCUCCCAAAUCAAACUUGGCAACAAAUAAUGGGUAGAGCAUCAGUUGGAGUUGAAAAUAUCGUAAAUUUAGAUGUUGUAAAGAGUUAUGUAAACUUGUUAAAGACAAAUCACAAGGCAGCCAUUAGUUUGGGGCCAUUUUAUUUGAUCCAAAUCAAACUUGUCUAUCUUGACAUGUUGAAUGUAUAUAGAGCCUACAGUGACUAUCUUACCAAGCAUCCACAGGAACGAUCGACACUCACCAAGAACCUAAAGACUGCCAAAAAGGAAACACUCAAGCUUCUGCAAACCUUUAUCGAAAAGUCCGAAGACAAGAGUUUGAUCUACAACAACUUUAUCGGUCCACUUUUAGACGCUGUUCUUGGAGACUAUCAAACCAAUCUUCCAGAGACUCGUGAGCCAGAAGUCUUGUCAUUGCUAUCGACCAUUGUCAACUCUCUCAAACAACUCAUUCAUCCAGAUAUCCCCAAAAUCCUUGAAUCAGUCUUUGAAUGCACCCUCAACAUGAUCACAACCAACUUUGAAGAUUUCCCUGAUCAUCGUAUUAACUUUUUCACUUUAAUUCGUUCAGUCAACCAAAAUGCUUUUCAUGUAUUCCAAUCAUUAUCAGCUCAACAAUUUAAACUAUUGGUUGAUUGUAUUGUUUGGGCAUUUAAACAUACUGAAAGAAAUAUUAGUGAAACUGGGUUGAAUAUCCUCAAAGAGUUGAUGGAGAAUAUCAACAAACAAAAAGAGAUAUCCAAUGUAUUUUAUCCAACCUACAUUGCAUCGCUCCUGACCGAUGUGUUGUACAUUCUCACAGAUUCAUUCCACAAGAGUGGUUUCCCAUUACAAUGUGAAGUCAUCAAGGUGAUGUUUACAGUGGUCGAUAGUGGAUUAGUGUCAACUCUUAUCUAUGACCCAGCCACCAAUCCAAACAUUGCCAACAACACUGAAUAUCUCAAGGUUGUCAUCACCAAGUAUCUCUCUGCCACACCAAACGUAUCACCACAUCAAAUCGAAUUGAUGACACAUCGUCUCUUUGGUUUGACAAAUGCUAGUGUUGCCGACUUUAGAUCGGCCGUAAGAGACUUCCUCAUUACUCUAAAGGAAUUCCAAGCCGAUAAUAAUGAGCUUUACAUUGAAGAAAGAAAUGCCGAAAGAGAGGCUGCUCUCAAUCGUGCCAAGGCUAUCCCAGGCAUGGUUAGACCAAAUGAAAAUGAAGAAAUGGUUGAUUAA